AUGAGGGUGCAAUAUUUCACGAGCCGAGGGUAUGCGUUCUGCUUCUCCAACUAUACCGGCUCGUCUGCGCAUGGAAAGGCGUACCGCGAGGCACUGCGUGGAGAGUUUGGUAUAGUCGACCGUGACGAUGUGAUCGAAACGGUCCGAUAUCUCGCGAACUCCGGACGGAUUGAUGGUUCUCGCGUCGGUAUCGAAGGCGUGAGCUCGGGCGGCUACUGUGUUUUGCAAUGCUUGACAGGAUUUCCGGACGUGUUUGCCGGAGGAAUCAGCAUGUGUGGCAUCAGCGACCUCAAGACACUAGACGAGGAAACGCAUAAGCUGGAGCUACAUUACCUGCAAACACUCCUGGGGCUCGAAGGCAAAACCGAGGAAGAAAAGUUUGAGCUGUUUCGGGAGCGUAGUCCUUUGUAUCAUGCCCGACGCAUCACUUCUCCAUUGCUACUGAUCCAUGGGGAUGCCGACCCUGUCGUGCCGAUUGCGCAGAGCGAGGAUAUCAGGCAGGAAGUCGAAAGAAACGGUGGAGAUGUCAAGAUGGUCGUUCUCAAAGGCGAAGGACACAUGUUCAGGCACGCUGAUAAUCUGAAGCUGGCGCUGCUGGAGUGUGGGAAGUGGUGGAGGAAGACGUUGCUGGGGAUUAAAAGUUGA